AUUCAGUGCAAGAACAAAUUCUUGAAAAAUGAAGCAGAAAAGGAGAAGAGGAAGACAAGAUGAUGAAGGUGAAGGGUUUGAUGAUGAAGAACAUGCCGAAAAAACUGAAGAAGUGGGUCCCUCACAAGCUACUUCAUCUCGAGUUCCUCAGAGAUUAACCACACAGAGAGGAAUGCAGCUCAUUCUUGAGAGACUUGCACAGAUUGAAUCAAAGCUCGAUGAUCACAUUCGCGACUGUCAGAUGGCAGCACCUAUAGGUCCUCGAGGGACAAGAGGAGAUCCGUCUAUUGUUGGCACAUCCUCCGGACAGCAACCCAUUGAUCCCUUUCCAAAUUCGGAAGCAUAAAUCCUCCCGUUGUAGUUGUUGAUGGCUGUUAAAUUAUCAUUUUAAUGUUUGAACACUUUUUUAAAGGUUUUCUUAAUGUUUUGACUUUUUAUAUUUUUGAAUAUGUACCUAUAAUGUUGAAAUUAGAUGCAGUUUAAUUUAAUGCAGUUUUUAACAUCAAUGAGCAUAGCAUAAUUGUGAUGAUUUGUAUUGGUUGAUUAUGUUCCUGAUGUGCUUCCAUUGAUGGCAAGCAAGUUGGUAGCCCCUAGUGUGCUUGAAU